UUAUCCUUGAUUCGUCAGCGUUAUCUCCCUCCAAAUCGACCUCUCAAUUUAGUCCUCUUUCCCAUCGCUGCCGGUAGUUCCACGGUGGCCGGAUGCGCAACACCACGCUGGCUGUGCACUCUCAUCACGCUCGUCUCGCUCUCACGAAGGUUCAUUCCACACCAGUGCUUAGCAAGAUAUUAUAUGUUUGUGUUUCAUGUGGAGUGUGAAUUUUUGUAUACCAAAAUUCAUUUUGCUAGAAGCUGAUUGAUAGAGAAGAUUGAAGGAAGGGGUCGAAAGAAGAAUUGGAAGUAAUGUCUGCGACACUAUUGUCUUAUUGCAAUCCAAGGUUAGAUUGUAAUUACGGGAGGAUGAAUACGGAACGCACUGCAUUCGUACACUUGCGGCCUAUUGGAAGGAGAAGCAAUGGGUAUCGCAAGCUUACUGUGUUUUCCGUUACUGAAGGGUCUGCAAAAUCGAGCGAGUCUGAAGAAACAAUCCCUUCCUGGGCUAAACCUGAUUCGGAGGAGCCUCCUCCUUGGGUAAGGGAGGAAGGCAAAGAAACUGGAUCCCAACUGGGAUUUCAGGUCCCUUUCUACGUUUACUUACUCGCCUCAUCUAUCACUGCAAUUGCCGCUAUAGGCUCAGUAUUUGAGUACGUCAACCAGAAGCCUGUGUUUGGAAUCAUAAACUCAGACAGCAUAUUUUACGCUCCAUUGCUUGGAUUUUUCGCAUUUACGGGCAUUCCCACUGCUGGAUUCCUUUGGUUCAAAUCUGUGGAAGUUGCCAAUAAGGAAGCUGAGGAUCAAGACAGAAGGGAUGGUUACUUGUAGAACAAUUGUUGUCCUUUGGAUGUAACGAUGCUGUUUAUAUUACUUCUUUGUGAACUGUAUAUUCCCUGUGAGCAUGCUACACGGUGCCACCGAUGUUCUCAAAACCAGACUUCCCUGUGAUCAACUAUACUGCAAAUAGAUACUUUGCUGCACCAAUUCAAAGACUCUUUGACAUAUUCUCUCA